UGCGGUUCCAGCCGUCACGGUCCUGCUUCAAGUGUCUUCUGAAUUGGUUGGCAGCAAUGCCUCUGCGCUCUUCAUGUCUGAAUCUGUCUAAACGCGCGCUGGAGAAGGUGCCGUGCGGCUCACCUUUGGCACCCGGGCGAACUGCGCUAGUAUGGAGACGGUACAACCACGAGCAUGCAGCGCAGGGCGAAAAGGAGUGGACGUCAAAGCGGUCAUCAACGGUCGGUAGGACGCAAAGGUUGAACCGGAAAGCAACGCGAUCACAGCGCGACUCCUCUGACUCUGCAACCGAAACCGGCCAUCCGACAAGUCAUCUCACUGCGCAUGUCAAUGAAUUGUUUCAGCCUCUUGAGUUUCCUGAUGAACUCGCGAGGCGAAUGCUGACGCAUGCGACCCAUAAAGAUGGCAAGCAUGGGCAUAAUGCCCGUCUGGCUUUCAUGGGUCGCCGCGCUAUGGAGGCGUAUCUCCUUCUCUUCCUGCACUCCGUCCCUCCCACUGUCCGAACACCCUCGCUUGACUUUGACCUGGUCGCUGCCCGGACACUAAAUACCUAUCUUCUUGGCGAGCAUGUCGCCUCCCAGUGGUCCCUGGGGCGUGUCAUGCGAUGGGUGCCGAAUCUCCCCGGGGCCUCGAAACGAUUAGAGUUCGGCGAGGACCGGUCAAAAGAGCAGGAGGAGCUCAGACGGCGGUUAGCGAUGACGGGGGGAGAGGGUAAGGCGGAGCUACUGAGAAGUGUCGGGUUGUUUAAGGUUGCUGGUCUGACCGUGGAGGCCAUAGCGGGCGGAAUAUAUCAUCAGUUUGGUGGUACUGUGGCACACAGGAUAUUCCACACCCGCAUACUGCCUCACCUUUUGCUGCCGGGUACCGUAGAAGGGCUUCAUGACUCGCUUCAUGACUACGCGCUGGAAGUAUCCGACAGACUGAGCGGUCGGCCUGUCUCCUCAAAGCCUGAACCCCAGGGUGAGCCAGAGACGGCUGACGCUCCCGCUGCCUCCCAUGUGGAGGUGGAGAUCCCCAUCUCCAGAAAAGUAGAAUUCGUCGCUUCCAGUAUGCCCUUCCGGGACAGCAGGAAGAGGGAGCGGGUAGACAGGUUAAUUCUAUAGAGCUUUAUAAUACAGGUCACUUUGCGGUGGCAGUUACUACCCUGGA